UUUGGCAGUGAGUAUAUAUAUGUACGGGGCUGACAGCUUGAUAUCGACUGUGACGUGGCCGGCCGGACAGGUUGUACUACGAUACUGCUGCCAUCGACCACCAUGCCCGGCUCCGCUGUGUUGCUGAUCGGCGCCUUCGUGACCGCGCUUCUCGGCGUCUCCCUCUCCACCGUCGUCCUCUGCUCCAACCGGCGCCAGGCGCACCGCGCGUCGCCGUCACAGCGCAGCUUCGUCAACCUCGAGCUCGGCCUGGGGCGACCGCCGUGCGGGAUCAACGAGGCCGUCCUGGCCGCGUACCCGACCACGGUGUACUCGUCGUCUGCGAGGCGACGGGGCGAAGGACAGAGCCAGAUGGCUGCUGCCGCCGCGUCGGCCGAUGGUGACCAGCGGCCCGAGGAGACGGACACGAACACGACAUGCGCGGUGUGCCUGGCGCAGUACGCAGACGGCGACGAGCUCCGGUGGUUGCCGGGGUGCCGGCACACGUUCCACCGGCUGUGCGUCGACGAAUGGCUGCGGCGGCGGCCGAGCUGCCCGCUCUGCCGCACGUAGCCGCCUGUGGCUAUCGACUCCUGAACGGUCACGGCGUCCUUAUAGCGCCAAAACGUGUCGUACGAGGUCGAGAACUUUGCAUGUCUUGUAGGGAGCAACAUACGCGACGAGUGCAUCUACGUCCGCGCCGGAAGAAAUGUCUCACGGAGCCUCCAUGCACGCAUGCAUGCACUAGCUAGAGCAGAGUGUAGAAGAGGAACACGGUAGACGGUAGUGCAUGCGUCUUGUAUUCAUCC